AUGGCUGGCGGUACUCCUUUUGAAAUCUUCAAUAUCUUUGGUGCAAAGUUGCCUCGCUAUCAGGUGGUUGCUAUUGUCAUUGGUAUCUAUGCUACCGGUAUCACUGGCCUUGUCCAAUACAAUAAGUUCAAGGCUACUCCACCCAUCAAGUUUGACUCUGCAGACGAGGAAGAUUUUGUCAAGAAAUACAUUCACCAUCAUCACGAGGAGUUCAAAAAGCCUGCUCUCCUUCGUUCUCCCUUCUCUCUCAACGCUCACCACUAA